CUGAACAUCCGAGGCAAACGGUUCGCUGCGUUUGGGCCUGGUUUUAUUAGUAUUUCCCGAUUCUGUUCGAUCCGAUAUUCCGUGUGCUGUGCUCUAUUCUAUUCAAUUUCCGAGCUCCCGAGCCAUGUGAAGUGCAGGCAUCUCGAUAGGCCUAAGAAAUUAUAGUUCGUCGUCGCUGAUAAGGCCUUUGACACGAUAACGAUCCAUAUUUAAUUAUGAUUGUGCCAAAAACUGUGCUCUGACUACGCAAAUUGCAAGUGAAAUCCGUCGGCAAAGAAAAUCUGCGAGAGCCGGGACCCAAAUAGGGAGUAUCGAGAGCAAGAUGGGCUUCUCAUCGGCCCUGCAAAGUCGGGCCGCCCACGAGGCGCUGAUCGUUCGCCAGGACGCCGAACUCCGGCUCAUGGAGACCAUGAAGAGGUCCAUCCAGAUGAAGGCCAAGUGCGACAAGGAGUACGCCAUCAGUCUGACAGCUGUGGCCCAGCAGGGUCUCAAAAUCGAUCGGGCUGACGAAAUGCAAGGCAGCCUGAUCACAAAAUCCUGGCGAUCCUACAUGGAUGAACUGGACCAGCAGGCCAAGCAGUUCAAGUUCAACGCCGAGCAGCUGGAGGUGGUCUGCGAUAAGUUGACCCAUCUGUCACAGGAUAAGCGAAAGGCCCGAAAAGCCUACCAGGAGGAGCACGCCAAGAUCGCAGCACGCCUGAAUCAUCUCACCGACGAGGUGGUGCGCAAGAAAACCGAAUACCAAAAACAUUUGGAGGGCUACAAGGCGCUGCGCACGCGCUUCGAGGAGCACUACAUAAAAGCACCCAGUCGCAGUGGCCGCAAGCUGGACGAUGUGCGUGACAAGUACCAGAAGGCCUGCCGCAAAUUGCAUCUCACACACAACGAGUACGUGCUGUCCAUCACGGAAGCCAUCGAAGUGGAGAAGGACUUUCGCACCGUUCUGCUGCCGGGACUGCUGGAGCAUCAGCAGUCCGUCCAGGAGAGCUUCAUCCUGCUGUGGCGCAACAUCCUGCAGGAGGCGGCCCAGUAUGGCGACCUCACGGCCGACAAAUACAAGGAGAUCCAGAAACGCAUCGACACUGUGAUAGGAGCCAUCAAUCCGACCGAGGAGUACGGCGAGUUCACCGAGAAACACAAAACCUCCCCCACAACACCGCUGCUCUUCCAGUUUGAUGAGACGCUCAUCGAAGAUAUACCCGGCAAACUACAGUCUAGCACCUUGACGGUGGACAAUCUCACGGUGGACUGGCUGAGGAAUCGUCUGCAGGAACUGGAGGGAGCCGUCAAGGAUUGCCAGGAGAAGCAGCUGAAGAUGAUCGAGCAUGUGAAUGGUGGCUCACCGGUGGCCAAUGGUAGCAUUAUAUCCAAUGGCAGCAACACUUCCAAUGGCAUACAGUCCAACAAGGAUAGUCUAUGCCGCCAGUCGAAGGACCUGAAUGCAUUGCGCUGCCAGGAGAAGCAAAAGCAGAAGCUGGUGGACAUGAUCAAGUGCGCCCUAAACGAGGUGGGAUGCGAGGAGCUGCCCUCGGGCUGUGAUGAUCACCUGACCCUCGAGCAGAACUUCAUCGAAAAUGGCUAUAAUAACGAACAGCAGCAGAGGUCCAACUCCACCAGUUCACCAGGUCUGGGCAUUAUGAACGAGCUGAUGCGACGAGGGGGAGUUCUGACCCUCUUGCGUGGCAGGGGUCGCCACUUUAAGCGUAAGAGUACCCCCCAGCCGACGACGCCCAUGACGAGAUCGCGUCAGGGACGCUUCAACAAGAUGCAGCCGCGAUCCCAGAGUCUCGGAUCCUUGUCGGUAAUUAGGGAUGGGAUUGGGCCAAGUCCUGCACGUUACGAGCCCAUUACUAACCAUCGUUUGCGCCAGGCGGCCAGUGUUCAUUAUUUGGGCGAGGUGAUCGCCUCCAGUGCCUCCAUUAAUCCGCCCGAGUUGCCCCGCUUGCGGCGAACCCAGUGUUCCAUGUUGUGUUUAGGCGAGGACGAGGAGGAGCCUGUCGUUAUCCUUGCCUCCUCGCCCGCCCCGCUCGCCCAGCUAACCGCUGCUGUCCUUACUAACACCAAUAACAAUCAUAUCUAUGCGGAUCUGGAGUUGGACAGGAAGAGGGAGGCCUCACCAAGUCCCGAAAGCGAUGGGGAAGAGGAUAAUCAUCAAUCCGUCGAUAAAAAAGAUCAAAUACAAAUAGAAAUAAACCAGACGGCGCCUCAGAACUCCAUAGAUGCCCAUCUGGAUAGGAUCGAUGAGAUAAAUCGAGUGCUAGAUGAUCGCCUGAAGCGCACUCUGCAGCCCAGCAAUGAUGUGAAUGCCAUCGAAAGUGCCGAGAAUGAGAAUCAUAUACAAACUAGGCAGCUGCCCAAAGAUCCAGAUAGCCAUACGAAACGCAGUUCCAGUUCCAGUUCCGAGUGUCGAUCCUCUAAGGAUACGAGUCUCUCCAAGAAACGUUCACUAUCCUUCACACAGAAGUCCAUUAGCAACAUAUUCAGCAAUCUCAAGGAGUUUUCCAAGAGUCCACUCGUUAGAAUGGGUAAAAAUCACACCCUCAACGAGGAACAGGAUGCGGAACGAAUCCAAACGAAUCCACAGCAUUCCAGCAGCAGUGAUUGCCCCACAAACAGUAGCAGUUCCAGCAGUAAUAAUAACACCAAUAAUAAUAACAAUAAUAACAAUCACAGUGCCUCACAGUCGACGAUCAUAACGAGCACGAUCACCACCACUAUAACGACUACAACGACCACGACGCCGUCCAAGGAAAACUCAAGACUGAAAUUCAAGGUGCCCAAGAUCCAGAAGAAAUCGAAGGCCAUCCGCAAUACAUUCCGAUCCAAGUUGCUAAAUUUCCAGCUGAAGCGCUCCAAGCCGUGUAAACAGUGCACCAAAAGACGACGCAUCCAUCCAAGCAAGAGUGUUUUUGAUUUUGCCCGAGAAUUCGAGACGGAUCAACCAGCUGGUUCUGUGGGGGAAGAACAAUUCUGCAACUGUCCUCCAGUGAGCCAGAAAACCCCAAAGCCAACCGUCCAAAUAUCCGGCCAUAAGGAUAGAUCCUUCGAGUCCAGUUCCGGGGAUUUGGAGGAGAACGACGAUCGGGACAACCAGGAGGACGACGAGGACAGUGACGACGUGCUCAGCAUGAAGGAUCACUGCUACUGUGUGCCCAGCCUGGCGGCCAGUAUAUCGCUCUCCACAAAUCGUCCACUUUACGAGGAGGAAUGGUUCCACGGGGUUCUGCCGCGUGAAGAGGUGGUCAGACUUCUGAAUAACGACGGGGACUUCCUGGUCCGCGAAACGAUUCGGAAUGAGGAGAGCCAGAUUGUGCUGAGUGUGUGCUGGAAUGGCCACAAGCACUUCAUUGUCCAGACCACCGGUGAGGGCAACUUCCGGUUCGAGGGUCCGCCUUUUGCCAGCAUCCAGGAACUUAUUAUGCACCAAUAUCACUCCGAGUUGCCGGUGACAGUAAAAUCCGGUUCAAUACUCAGGAGACCCAUUUGUCGGGAACGCUGGGAGCUGAGCAACGAUGAUGUGGUGCUUCUCGAGAGGAUUGGCAGGGGCAACUUCGGAGAUGUCUACAAGGCUAAGCUAAAGUCCACCAAACUUGACGUAGCCGUCAAAACCUGCCGUAUGACCCUUCCCGACGAACAAAAGCGUAAAUUCCUUCAGGAGGGCCGCAUCCUUAAGCAAUAUGAUCAUCCCAAUAUCGUUAAAUUAAUUGGCAUUUGUGUGCAGAAGCAGCCCAUUAUGAUUGUCAUGGAAUUGGUGCUGGGUGGUUCCCUGCUAACUUACUUGCGCAAGAACUCCAACGGCCUCUCCAAUCGCCAACAAAUGGGAAUGUGCAGAGAUGCGGCGGCUGGCAUGCGAUAUCUGGAAUCCAAGAACUGCAUUCAUCGCGAUCUAGCGGCGCGUAAUUGUCUUGUUGACCUAGAGCACAGUGUAAAGAUCUCCGAUUUUGGAAUGUCACGCGAGGAAGAAGAGUAUAUAGUUUCCGAUGGCAUGAAGCAAAUACCCGUAAAGUGGACAGCUCCCGAGGCCCUCAAUUUUGGAAAGUAUACCUCUUUGUGCGAUGUCUGGUCCUAUGGCAUACUGAUGUGGGAGAUCUUCUCCAAGGGGGACACACCCUACUCGGGCAUGAGCAAUUCAAGAGCCAGAGAGCGCAUCGAUACGGGUUACCGAAUGCCAACUCCAGAAAACACGCCUGCGGAGAUGUAUCGACUGAUGCUCAAGUGCUGGGCAGCCGACGCCGAGUCCCGGCCGCAUUUCGAUGAGAUCUACAAUGUGGUCGACGCACUGAUCUUGCGCCUGGACAACAGCCACUGAGAGCGGCUGCAUCCGGAACACUUAGCAUACUCAACGUAGAUUUAGUCAGCGCUUUUAAAGUACGUUACGUCCACGGACUUAACAACGAGUUGCCUGUAUUUAUGAGAUAGCAUAUACUAUACAUUUUACCACAUAAACCAUAUUUAUAUAGAGAUAUAUAUAUUUUCUAGCCAUGUAAAUGUAAAUUUCAAUAUAUGUACUGUACUGUGUGUGUUUGUUUGACUGAGCAUAUGUAAUGAAUCCUUUAUGUGCCAAAUACCGCAAGAAGAUCUUAAAAAAAAACCAUAAAAAUAUAAAAAAAAAUUGAUAACUGUGUGUCUGCUUGAAGAACUGCUUCGUAACCUAAGCUCAUGAAUUUAUACAUGUUUAGUUGUUUGUGUUUUAGUUUUAAAACCGAGAAUCAUAAUUUGUAAAUUAUGCAAUCCCUACGUUUGUCAAUUUGUUUCUAGACUCUGUAUUUUAUGUAUAUUUAUUUACACCUAAUUUACAUUUCUACUUCGACUACGAUUAUGUUUACUCUUAUACAACUAAGCUCUAAGUUAAAGCUUUAAGUUUUGCUGCGCUGCUGAAGUGAAUAAAUCAUAUGUGUACUGUAUAAAA